GUGGAAAGCAAGGGCGAGAUCAACGGAGAUGGGUGACCGGGGCUAUCGAACAUAUGGCGGUGAGGCCAGAGGCGAUCAAUAUGCUAGAGGACGAGAUCAUAAGCGAGAUGAAUCGAGAGAUCGACAGCGAGGCAGGAGUCGAGACGAUUACCAUGAAGGCAGCGACAGAGGUCAUGGAGGAAGCGAGUAUGUAAGAAGGGGACCACCAGUUUGUUUCGAAUGUGGUGAGGCAGGGUAUUACAAGAACCAAUGCUGGAAACGGAGUGAAGUAGUACCAGCUAAAGGUGGAGCGAGUAGUUCGGGUGUGCAGUUGCCGGAACCCCACGUCGUCGAGACCGUGAAAAAACGGCUUGAAGAUUUCAACAAAUCCAUGGCAAAUUUCCAAGAAUACAUCGCUAUCGAAAAUACCAAGAGGGAGGCCAAGGAAUGCAGGAAUCGGGAGAAGGCAGAACGACUGCAACGAGAGGAAGCGGAGCGACAAGCUAAAGAGGAAGCACGCAUGGCUAAAGAAAAACGGAUGGCGAAGAAGUUUGCCAAGAAGAAGAAAGAGGAGGAAGAGGAGUUGGAAUUCAGCAAAGCGAUGUGGCUGCACAUGGCAGUUUGUGUAGGAGGACUAAAGGAAAAGAUGCAAUACGAGAUGAAGAAGAACAUGGAAGCUUUCCAAGCCAUCAUCAAAGGGAAGCAGCAAGCAACAUCGCCGUCCCCGUCGCCGUCGAUAUCGCCGCAAUCAUAUGCAAGCGAUUGGGCAGCAAGCGAGGUGGAAAAGAUCAAUCAGAAAGCUAAGGAGCUUACCAUCAACGAGAAACGAAAAUGGAGUCCAGACAAAACCAUUGGCAACAGUCCGCCUAUGGAAUUACCACCGAAGCGGACACCGAGAAAAACGAUAGUCAAACCGGUCAAAUUAACGGCGAUACUACAAGCCGCAACAACCAAGAAGACCGCUGCAAAGAAGAACAAGCAAGCUGAAGAAAACCAUGGAUCCCCGAAGCGCUACCACUGAAGAAAGGGACACCUAAAACGAAGAUUGCUGCCAGGAUUGGAUCAGUCGGGAAGACGCAGUUCGUCGUCGAUAACAGAGGCAACUGGCAGAUUUCCACGCCGACGAUCUUAAACGGCUAUGUCGACGGGAAGAACUGGAAUAAGGUAACAAAGUGCUGGUGGUUAU